CACCGAUAUAUGACGUCAUCAUUGUUUACAAAUACCUUGGUGAGGUAACGCGGCCAUUUCAUAGAAAGGCAUGACAGUUCUGAUGUAGAACAUUUUGGAGUUGACAUUGAACUUUGAGCUGCCAUCAUGCCUGAAAGUGCGCAGAUUAAGGUUUAUGGGCGCUGCCGUCCUCUUACACAAGAUGAAGCAGAUAAAGGAUUCAAAACUGUAGUCAAGUGUUCUGGUGACAAAAUGCUCAUAGAAUCGGGUGGGAAAGAGCAUUCCUUUUCCUUUGAUGGAGCGUACUCAAGUGAUGCAAAAGUUAAAAAUGAGCAGAUUUAUAAAGAACGUUGUGAGCCAUUUCUGCAGCGAGCAAUGGAGGGAUUCAAUGUCAGUAUCAUUGCGAUGGGUGCAACAAAUGCAGGAAAGACUUACCUUAUGUCUGGAACAGACAGCGAUCCAGGAAUUGCUCCCUGCUUCAUCCGGAAUCUUUACCAAGCCAUCGGAGAAAGAAGCAAUAAGGAGUUCUUUAUCUCUGUGUCCUAUUUAGAGGUUCUUGAUGAGAAAAUGAGUGAUUUGUUGAAUCCACAUGUAAACCAAAUGAAGAUAAGGCAGCAUCCUCAUAAAGGAAUAUUCAUUGAGGGUCUAUCAGAGAUUGUUGUUCACAACUGGGAAGAAAUGAGCCAGUUGUACGAACAAGGAACCCGUGUUAAAAAACUAGGAGCAAGGGAUAUCAAAGCUAACCAGGCCAGGGCACAUUCUGUCUUCACCAUCACUAUAGAGCAACGCACAAGACAGUCCAGUAAAGUCGGGGUGAGAUCCGUCGUCUGUCUGGCAGAUCUUGCAAUGGGAGAGGUGGUGGGGACAUCCGACCCACAUGCUGUUGCUGGACUUCAAGGUUUGAUGAAUGUGUUAAGUGCUCUUGGAGGUCCAAAGAAAGGCAGCAAUGUGCCCUUUAGGGAUUCUGCCAUCACUAGGGUGCUCCAGGACUCUUUUGGGGGAAAUGCAGUCACUCUCAUGUUUGCUGUUGUCUCUCCUGUUGAUAAAGUACAUAAAGAAAGUUUGACCACCUUACAGUAUGCCUCCUACGCAAAAUCGGCUAAAAAUCAUGUGAAAGCAAAUAUGGAUGAGACAGCAGAAAUAAUUGCUGAUCUCCGAGAUGAAAUUUCAAAAUUAAGAGAUAAAAUUGCAUCAACGUCCACUCCAAGUAGAGAUGAUGUUCAGAAGCUUGAAGAUCUUGUCCAAGAUCUGCAAAUAGCAAAAAUGUCAACUUGGGCUGAGAGGGAAAAGUUGUCCAAGAAGGUCGAAGAAGAACGAAAAGUGAAUUUAGCAAACAAAGGAAUACUGGACUGGGUUACUGAUAAUAUGAAGAAAGGAAACAGAGAACUUCAGGAAAAGAUGCUGAUUCUCCAGAAAGAGAAAGAUGUUUUGACUGCUCAGUACUCUGAGAAGCGAAGUACUGUAGAUGGUUUAAAUGAAGAGCUCCAGAGAAAGAUAGCCGAGUAUUCCAAGUACCAGGAUAGUGGAAAACUAACUGAUUCAGAGACAAAGAAAAGGGUCACAGCCAUCCAUGAUAUAAAAGAAAAACUGAAGAAAGAAUCUGAGAUUUUAAAGCAAAUUAAGUCCCAGUUAAAGGAUGUUGCAGAAAAGCAGAGGGAAGAGAGAGAUGAAGCAAAGUCCCAGAUGUCAGCUAUGAAGGGAAACACUGAGUUACGCCAACAGGUGGAAAAGGAGGAGCGAUUGAAAGUGGAAAAGGAAAACAGGGCAAUGAUCGCAGAUGAAAUGGAGAAGAUGAAGACAGAAUUUGAGACAGAAAAAUCUCACAUUCAGUUGAAAUUGACCGAAAAUAAAACUUACAGUGCCCAAGAGGUAUCCCAUUUAGAGGUCCAACUGGCAGAGAUGAAGCUAGAAAAACCUGUGACCACCAUGAAGAUUCAUCUGAUGGAGCAGGAGAAGGAGCGACUGGUCAAGGAACUGGAUGAUGUUUACCAAGUACACAAAGACGAACUUGAAUUUCAGAGGCUUCGGCACUUGGAGACGUUCCGAGCAUACCGUGAGAUGUUUGAGGAGCAGAAGGCAGCUCUGGAUCAGAGGUACCGCCAGCUUCUGGAAGAUGCCAUACAAGAUGCUGUCUUCCUGUCCAGCCGAAACAGUGAGCUCCUGGAAGAGAACCAAAGCUUGAGGCAACAAAACGCUGAAAUGAGAGAUUCCAUCACCAAACUGGGUGGACGUCUUCCUAGUCAAACUGUAUAAACGAAAUUUUUCAUUUUCUGAUUGAAAGUUACAGAGAUUUUAGAAACUGACAAUAUUUAGUCCUGAAGGCAUAAAUCCGAGCCAUAUUUAUAAAAUGCAUGUGAUUAAUAACUUAAAGCCAAUGGUGUUAUUUGAUGAAGUUAUAAAAAGUUAGAGUUGGCUUUGAAAAUGUUGAUAUAACUCACAUUUUGAUGAACAUUAUAUAAGUAAAUACAAUAUAAUUUAUUCUUAUUUAUAUUAUAUAUUUAUUCAGAGAGUAUCUAACACUUAAUUCUAACUGAUUUAACAACACAACAGACUGUUGUGAUUAUAGAUAAUUGAAUGUUACUGAAAUGAUAACACUUUCAAUUUUUAAAAAAAAGGAAAAUGUAACUCUUUUGUUCAUGAUAUACUUGUAUAAGCAAAUCAUCAUGUUUGAAAAUCUUACCACAAUGAAAAAAAAUGUAAGCCCCAUAGAAAUUAUUUCAACGAGCAAAUAUGUUUCUAUCAUAUUGUAAAUUGAAAGCAAAAGUUCAGAACAAAUUUAAGUUAAUUUUGCAUGAUUUUACUGGUUUAAACCUCUAUUAAAAAUGCAUAUGUGCUAGCUGUAUCAUUCCAGUAAUUCCAUGUUAACAAUGUAGAUUAAGAUUGGCAUCUUUGUGGAAUACCCUGAAAAAGUCCAACAGAUCAAUGCUUAACACUUACAUGCUCAUUUUUUGUAUUAAAUUGUUUAUAUUAUAUUGA